GUUCUGCGCAUUUGUACAUCUGUAACAAUCAAAGAUGACUACAUUAGCUGACCUACAAAGGUUACGAGAAGCUCAUGCAGCAGCAUCAAAUGCAAUCAUGGAUGGUCUUCCCAUAAUAAAUGACGUAGAUAAAAAUGCUCAAGAAGCGUUAAACCAGUUGGAAUUACGUAAAAAAGCACGUUUAAUUCAAGUGUCUACUGAAGAUUCUGAAGUUCGAGCGUAUCUUCGUCAACUUGGUGAACCUGUUUGUUUAUUCGGUGAAGAUGGAGCCGACAGAAGAGAACGAUUGCGUAUGAUUCUCGCGGUUAGCGGUGGUCCAGCUCAACGACCACCACUGCCUGAUACAUCAGCGAAAUCAUCUACUGAGACCAGUGGUAGUGGUACAGCAGUGAAUCGAUCAGGUGAAAAGGUCACCGGUGAUUUUGUAGGCGAUGAUACUACAGUUUGGUAUCAUCAAGGCCCUGAUAGUCUUGCAGAAGCACGUCAAUGGAUAGCUGAAUUUUCGUUGACUCGUGCUAAAGUACGCUUGGAUAGAGCUAAAACUUACUACGCGAAUGCACCAGCCUCUCAACGUAAAGCUAAACAACAAGAAUAUCAUAAAGUUCUUCGAAACACAAAUCUGAUGUGUAGUCAAGUUGGAGAUGUUCGACCGUUGAGUAUGUGUCGUUUUUCGCCAGAUGGUAAACAGCUGGCCACAGCUUCUUGGAGUGGUCUGUGUCGUUUAUGGUCUAUGCCUGAUUGUAAUCUCGUUUUAAAUCUACGCGGUCAUUCUGCUCCAGCCUGUGCUAUUGUAUGGCAUCCUCAAGCUGGUCUUCAAGCUGAACAACAAUUAGCACUGGCUAGUUCAGCUCAGGAUGGUAGUGUUAAAUUAUGGAGUUUAGAUAGUGAAGAACCGUUAGCUGACAUAGAAGGACAUGCACCGCACAGAGUGUCACGUAUAGCAUUUCAUCCAUCUGGACGUUUCCUGGCAACAACAUGUUUUGAUCAUUCAUGGCGUUUAUGGGAUUUAGAUGUAUGCGAAGAAAUUCUUCACCAAGAAGGUCAUUCUAAACCUGUCUAUGAUGUUGUCUUUCAUCCAGACGGUUCAUUAGCCCUAACCACUGGACUGGAUGGUUAUGCACGUGUUUGGGAUUUACGAACUGGUCGGUGUAUUAUGUUUUUAGAAGGUCAUCUUGAAGAGUUGUUAGGUGCAGAUAUCGCGGAUAACGGGUAUCAUGCAGCCACUUCAAGUGCUGAUAAUACAGUGCGUAUAUGGGAUUUACGUCAACAACAAGCAAUCUAUGUAAUACCUGCACAUACUAGUGUUGUUAGCAGUGUACGAUUUGAAUCUCGGAAUUCAAAUUACCUUGUUACUAGUUCGUUUGAUAAAACAGCUAAACUUUGGGGUCAUCCUAUCUGGGCGCCAAUCAAAACACUUGAAGGACACAAUAGUAAAGUUGUAUACGCGGAUAUAUCACCGGAUAAUAAAUACAUUGCCACGUGUUCACAUGAUUUAACUUAUAAACUAUGGAGUCGAGAUGCAACCAUAAUUUAAGUGUGUGAUUAUAUUUCUUCUCUUUUCUAUUUUUGUUUACUUACAAACACUUUUCAUGCAAACUUGUAAAAUUUAUUUGUAUGUGGAUAUAUUUAAAAAAAAAGAAAU